CAAAAACGUCGACCCCAACCAAUGGGACCGUUUUAUUUUGGGGAUUUUGAGUUUUGGUAUUUUAUAGCCCGAAUCAUACAGUAAAACCAGUAAUUUUAUUAUCAUUUUCCAAUAUGAGUAAUUCAUAUAUAAAUCGUUCUAUUAGCUCAGACAGCAAAAAUGUGAAGGCUUUUAAUUUGCCAGAUAAAUGUUUCGAAAAGCGGGUAGCUUGUACAUGGAGAAGUGGAAAUAAACUUACAAUAUAUCCUCGGAGCCAGACUGUAAGCAAAACACCCACAGACACUAGCGGCGACAAGAUUAUAAACAUUCGACAGGAAGUCUUAUUAUUUACGCCAAUUUUGAGGAAACUGGUCAACGAGUCUAACGGCACAUACUUAUCUCUACAAAAGGCUGCCGAAGCGGCUAAAACAACCGACAAUCAAGUAGAAUUUUUGAAGCUCUCCCGCCAAUACCGCUCAAUCAUUCGUGUUUGUAUUGAGAGCCUUCAGGAAGCGGCUGAAAAGGAGACGGAUGGCAUUAAUAAGAACUCCUUGCUGUCCUAUAUAACAAUUUUUUACUCUGUUGAGUGUAUUUGGCAUUUGUGUGAGAUAUUAUUCAUUGAUAACAUUCCCGGUGAUGUGGUGUUGCCGUUCUUGUUGGAAUGGGUGAGAUUUCACUUUCCGUGCCAUGAGCAGAUCGCUGCUCAGCUGCUGGAGGCUUGUGAAAGGGGAUCCGAGGAUCAUCCGCAGUACUGGGACACGGUAGUGGGUAUGGUAGUGCAGGGGAGGGUCGAUGUGGCCAGAGCGCUGUUGAAAUUACAUUCGGCAACAGACACAAAUGAGUUUAAGCUCUUGGACAACUCUCUGAGGACUAUGCCAAUUUAUAGUGUUUACGCAGGAGCAUCAACAGGAGAGUUCACCAUCACUUGGAAGCACUGGCAGGCCGAGUGUCGCUCCAAGCUGGGGAGCCGCAUGUUCGCUUCCCAUCCAAAGUUGGAGCUUAUUAUGAAGCUCAUAAUUGGCGACUACAGUGCAUUUGAGUCGAUCCGUGACAAGUACAACUCCUGGUUCGACCUGCUCGGUGGCUGGGUGCUAUACACCGCGCCCUGGGCUCGCAGACACGAGCUGAGCUCCGCGGCGGCAGCCUGUGCAGGCAUGAGGUCUGCUCCGUCCCGGACUCAUUUAGAUGUGAUACUCCGAGCGUUGCUCGAUGGGGAUUUACAUCAGGUGAUCAGCGAAAUUCAACAAAUAUCAGACAACGGCUGGUUCGCGACUCAUCUCACAGACAUGCUGUACCACUGUGGCAAAUUGAAGAUAUUGGACAAACAUCAGACCGAUGUCACAAACCUCCUUCGAGACAGCCUGGUCCUAGAAUACGGAUGUCUGCUAAUGGAACACCAGUCGUUAUGGUCUGUUGGUCUCUCGUACCUGGUCUCCUGUCCCCCCGAGGGUCCGAGGCGGGCGGAGCUCAUGCUGGAGCGGUUACCGAUCACAACCGAAGCCAAAGCUAUGAGAGUGGUCGCGGAAGCUAAGAAAUAUGGUCUUCUCGGUGUUGCCCAGUCGGUGUGCACGUGCGCGGGCGCGCGCGCGCUGUGCGGCGGGCGCGCGGGCGGCGCGCUGUGCUGGGCGCUGCGCGCGCGCAGCCCCGCGCUGUGCGCGCGCGCCGCCGGCGCCGCGCUCAGGGCCUACACGCAGGCGGAGGGCAAUGCAACACUCCCCGCCUCGGAUUUACUGCUGACAGCCGGUGCCUCGAUGUUGUUGGCGGACGAGCUGCUGUUCCUCAGCAAAUACUGCGACUUCCACAGACUGUACAAGAACAGGGAGUUCAAGAAGGCGGCUAAGCUUCUGGUGUCUCUAAUCACAUCCAACAUAGCUCCGGACUAUUUCUGGGAGACCUUACUCCUGGAUUCCCUCCCACUGUUGGAGUCAGACGAGCCAAUCUUCUCGUCAUCAGACACAUUCGAGAUAAUGCAGUGCCUAGAAUUAAAGUCCAAGGACCUCGCUGGAGAGAAGGCGGACCUGCUGAGGUUGGCAUUAUCCAGAAACCUUGCCAGGACGCUGUUAGAGGAUGUUGAGAAAGAAGAAUAGUUUUAAGUGUAAAUGUGAUUGGGUGAUUAAUUGUUUGUGGUUAUACGAAGUGACUCACAACCGUGCUUAGUGAUAUGUGUACAUAAAACCAUGUCUCUUUAUUCUGGGCAAGAAGCGAUACUUGAUAGUAGUAUACAUUUUAUAUCAUCCACAAAAAAAA